CAUGACAGUGUGGCAAAAAACAAUGGCGAAGAAACUGUGAAACUACACAAUUCUGUUGCUGACAUCUGGUCGCUUGUAAAACUAUUUCGAGCAGAUUUUGUGAUAUUUCGUUGUGAUCGGUCGAUAAAUCCUUAGUUUUUUUUAAUGGAAAGCGUGAGCGAAUCGUAGCGGUUGGGAAGACAGCAGCAAAGACAUAAAUUGCACUUUAAGCAUAAAUAAGCAGUGGUUGACUAACGGAACCCCUCGCUCCAAGCAGUCACUGUCCGCAAGCAGUGCCAGGAGUACCGUUAAAAUCGAAUUAAGAGGAUCCCCCAAAAGAAAAUCCGUUACGCAACACAGACAGAAGGAUCCGCGCCAAAAUGGACAUGAUUACGGUGGGGCAGAGCGUGAAGAUCAAGCGCACGGACGGCCGGGUCCACAUGGCCGUGGUGGCGGUGAUUAACCAGUCGGGCAAGUGCAUCACAGUCGAGUGGUAUGAGCGCGGCGAAACGAAGGGCAAGGAGGUGGAGCUGGACGCCAUCCUCACGCUAAAUCCGGAGCUGACGCAGGACACCGUGGAGCAGCACGCCGCCCCGGAGCCGAAGAAGCAGGCAACCGCCCCGAUGAACCUCUCGCGCAACCCCACACAGUCCGCCAUUGGCGGCAACCUCACCAGCCGGAUGACCAUAGCCGGCAACAUGCUAAACAAGAUCCAGGAGACCCACUCGAUCCCGCAGCCGAUGGUCAACAGCAACAGCGUCAACACGAACAGCAACUCAAACACGACGGCCGGUGCAUCUACCACUGGGCUGCAGCGACCGCGCUACUCGCAGAAUCCCGCCGGGCAGCAGCAGACAAGGAUCGCCUCGGCGGUGCCGAACAACACAUUGCCCAAUCCCGGGGCGGGAGCCACUGGUGCCCCGUCUGCGGCCCAGGCGGCGUCCACCGCCAGCAACACAACUCAGGGAACCGGCGGCGCCGGAGCCCGCCGAUCGCACGCCCUCAAGGAGGUGGAGCGACUGAAGGAGAACCGCGAGAAGCGCCGUGCCCGUCAGGCCGAGAUGAAGGAGGAGAAGGUGGCCCUAAUGAACCAGGACCCGGGCAAUCCCAACUGGGAAACGGCGCAGAUGAUUCGCGAGUACCAGAGCACGCUGGAGUUCGUACCGCUGCUCGACGGACAGGCCGUCGAUGAUCACCAAAUCACCGUGUGCGUGAGGAAGCGGCCCAUCAGCCGGAAGGAGGUCAAUCGCAAGGAGAUCGACGUCAUCUCGGUGCCGCGCAAGGAUAUGCUCAUUGUCCACGAGCCGCGCAGCAAGGUCGACCUCACCAAGUUCCUGGAGAACCACAAGUUUCGCUUCGACUACGCCUUCAACGACACGUGCGACAAUGCCAUGGUGUACAAAUACACAGCCAAGCCGUUGGUGAAGACCAUCUUCGAGGGCGGCAUGGCGACGUGCUUCGCCUACGGCCAAACGGGAUCCGGGAAGACGCACACCAUGGGCGGGGAGUUCAACGGGAAGGUGCAGGACUGCAAGAACGGCAUCUACGCCAUGGCGGCCAAGGAUGUUUUCGUGACCCUGAACAUGCCGCGCUACCGCUCCAUGAAUCUAGUCGUCUCGGCCAGUUUCUUUGAGAUCUACAGCGGCAAGGUCUUCGAUCUGCUGGCCGACAAGCAGAAGCUGCGCGUCCUCGAGGACGGCAAGCAGCAAGUGCAGGUGGUGGGCCUCACCGAGAAGGUGGUGGACGGCGUGGAGGAGGUGCUGAAGCUAAUCCAGCACGGCAACGCCGCCCGCACAUCCGGCCAGACGUCGGCCAACUCCAAUUCGUCGCGCUCGCACGCCGUCUUCCAGAUUGUGCUGCGGCCGAUGGGCUCCACGAAGAUCCACGGCAAGUUCUCGUUCAUCGAUCUGGCGGGCAAUGAGCGCGGGGUGGACACCUCGUCGGCCGACCGCCAGACACGCAUGGAGGGCGCCGAGAUCAACAAGUCGCUGCUGGCGCUCAAGGAGUGCAUCCGGGCGCUGGGCAAACAGUCGGCCCACUUGCCCUUCCGCGUCUCCAAGCUGACGCAGGUGCUCCGCGACUCGUUCAUCGGGGAGAAGAGCAAGACCUGCAUGAUCGCCAUGAUCUCGCCCGGCCUCAGCUCGUGCGAGCACACGCUCAACACGCUGCGCUACGCGGAUCGUGUCAAGGAGCUGGUGGUGAAGGACAUCGCCGAAGUGGGUCCCGGCGACAGCGAGCCCAUCGAGAUCAUGGACGACGAGGAGGAGGAGGAGCUGAACAUGGUGCACCCGCACGCCCAUCAGAUGCACCCGAACGCCCAUGCGCCGACCUCCCAGUCGCACAACCAGCGCGGCGGCACCGGUUCCCAUCACGCGGGUUCGAGUAUCCACAACAACAAUAACAACAACAACAAGCACGGAAACGCCGGCAACAUGGACCUGGCCAUGCUGAGUUCGCUGAGCGAGCACGAGAUGUCCGACGAGCUGAUUGUGCAGCACCAGGCGAUCGACGACCUGCAGCAGACGGAGGAGAUGGUGGUGGAGUACCAUCGCACCGUGAACGCCACGCUGGAGACGUUCCUCGCCGAGUCGAAGGCGCUGUACAACCUAACCAACUACGUGGACUACGACCAGGACUCGUACUGCAAGCGGGGCGAGUCGAUGUUCUCGCAGCUCCUGGACAUCGCCAUCCAGUGCCGGGACAUGAUGGCCGAGUACCGGGCCAAGUUGGCCAAGGAGGAGAUGCUCUCGUGCAGUUUCAAUCCGCCGAACGGCAAGCGUUAGUUCUCCCUCGUACCGCGAUUCCCGAUUCCCGAUUCGAUUACCCCGAUUCACCCCAAUCCUCCAAUCCCAUCCAAUCCAAUCCAAUCCCCUUAACCAAACUACUUCCUCUGAUUUCCCGUCUUUCUUUGUAUUAUGCUAAAUGCACUCUCACUGGCACUUUAGAUCUAAAGUUUUAACAUGAAAAACGAUCGUUUAGCAUUGGAGUUUCUCGGAAUGGAUCCAGAAGCCUUUAUUUAUAUAGCAUAUAAAUAAAUGAAUGAAUAUAAAUAGAUGGAUUUAAAACCGAGGAGGGCACAGCCGAAGGCCUCUCAAGUGCAUCUUAAAUGGUACGAACUAAGCUCGGGAACAGAUUCAGAUCCAGAUUCAGAUUCAGACUUACCAUUCACCAUGACAGCAACACACCAAUAACAUCAAAACCCACUAAUCAAUCAGCGGGCCGCGACUUUGAUGGGUUCUCUUUCGAUUAUGAUUAUAUGAUUAUGAUUAUAAUUUCUCCGCAGUCGAUACUUUUGUAAAAGAAAAAGACAUUUACUAUAUUAUAAUUACUACUUACAUACGUUCUACUCUAUAUAUGAUAUGAGAUUCCAUUUAAUAUAAUUACCUUAUGCGAUUCGUUCCCUUCACUUUUGUCGUUUUAAAACUUAAGUGCUCGUCCAGAGUUUGUUCAUGACACGGCACAAAUCUAUUAAUUUUACAACAACGAACUAAUCGCGCAUUGUAUUUAUUUAAAGGCCACAAAACCGUAUUUAAUUUGUAAUAAUUUAUUAAAAUACUACUGCACCAAAUCCAAUUUACAUACGUAUUCCCCCGUAACUAUAAUGAUUAUCUUAUGCAAACCGAACUGCAAUCUUUGCCUGCGAGAUAUUUAGCCAGCCAAUAUAAUUUUUUUUGUAUUGUACUUUUAAACCUCUUUCCUUGCGUUUUCUCUUCUUUGAUCUAUUUAUAAUUUACAUUACAUUUUUUUUAUUGUCAUUUUAAGAAACUUCGGUGAAGAAUUUAAAAUGCAAACUAUCUUUGCUACUAUUAUUUAAAGAUGAUUUGCAUUUCAUUUUGUACUAAUAUUUAUUACAUAUAUUUAAUUACGUUUACACAACUAAAAACUAUCGAAAGCAAAUCAAACGAAACUUAACCAAAUCAAGGAUUUCCAAACACAAACACUGCUUACACUGCGUUAAAAAACAAAAAAAGAAAUCACAGAUCGGUUCCAAAUAGCGGAGAACAUAGUAACUUAGCCUUAAAAGAAACGAAAGAAAUAAACGCAACUAAACAAAAAAGAUAAAUGAGAAAAGGAAAAUGGAAAAUGAAAAAUGGAAAAAACAUACUCACGUGCUUCUCCUAAAGUAUUUAUCCAAUCAAGACGUUUAAUCAUUUUGUUAUUGCAUUUCUUCAGAGCACUUUAAAAAUAAACCCCCUCCCAAAGCAUGUGAAUGAUAACAAUUUUUUAAUCCACCAAAUGCGAGUUUUUAAAACAAUGUUAAUAUGGAAAACCAACUGAAUGAGUGCUUCGAUAUUAUGCGGUAAAAAUAAUGAAAGUGUUAGGACUUGGACUCUAAUAAUGUAUUAUUAAAUAUAAAUAAUAAAUUAUAUUGUAAUAAAAGUGAACAUACACAACUAAAUUUAACAUUAAAGAUGUGUAAAGCAAUAA